AUGCUCAAAGAAUUGUUUGAGGAGGCCUUAUCCAUUAUCUUGCAGAACAUACCAGUUGAAAUUGAAACAUCAAGUAAGAGAACAGAAAUCCCAUACGAAAUGCCACUAAAGGAACGUGAUACUAAUAAAGCAUUGAUGGUAUUCAAUAAUAACGUUACUAAAUCUUUUAAUCGAUUUGCUUCCAAGUCAAGCUUCAACUUCCUUGUCUGUAGUGGGGCAGCUGGAAUUGGUAAAACCCGUUGGGGAAAUGAGUUCUUCAACUCUGUUAAAAAAGAUUGGAGUUCGCCACCUAGUUGGGAGAAACCAGGAUACCUCUAUCUGUUUCUUGAUUUCAUAAAUGGUGUUCGCCUUAGUAGUUUUGAUAAAAAUUUGGAAGCAUCCACCAUUCUUGGUCUCCGUGUUGCUUUUGACUACUUUGUGUGUAGAAAAAGAAAAAUAUCAUUUCAAGAAUUCAAGAUUUUAGUAGAACCAUAUAUCAAAUUUUUUGGGAUAGAAUUGGUGCUCAGCCAUAUUAAAAGUAAAGAAUUUCAACAUAAUCAGCAACUCAUCAUAGUACUUCAUAUUGAUGA